CCAGUGCUCCCAGUAUCCCCAGUUCCCAUUCCCAGUAUCCCCAGUUCCCAUUCCCAGUGCUCCCAGUAUCCCCAGUUCCCAUUCCCAGUACUCCCAGUAUCCCCAGUUCCCGCAGCCUGCCCGACACCGCCGCGCCGCCAGGUGUCGCACUCCCGGGCGGAGCCGCUCCGGCCGCCGCUCUCGCUGCUCCCGCACCGGAAGUGGCCGCUCCGGCCGCCGCGGCCGCUUCUCUAUGGUUCGCUCCUCCCCUCUCGGCGGAGCCGUCACGUGACCGAAACCAGCCCGGCGUCGCGUGACCGGAAGCGCGGUGACGUCACUGUUUGCGGAAGUGCCCGAGCGGAGCCGGUGUGCCAUGGAGAUGCUGUUUGGGCGGCGGCGCUCUCCGGAGGAGCUGCUGCGGCAGAACCAGCGCGCUCUGGCGCUGUGUGCCAUGGAGAUGCUGUUCGGGCGGCGGCGCUCUCCGGAGGAGCUGCUGCGGCAGAACCAGCGCGCUCUGGCGCGCGCCGUGCGCGAGCUGGAGCGAGAGCGGCUCAAGCUGGAGGCGCAGGAGAAGAAAAUCAUCGUGGACAUCAAAAAGAUGGCGAAGCAGGGCCAGAUGGACGCCGUGCGGGUGCUGGCCAAGGACCUGGUGCGGACGCGGCGCUACGAGCGCAAGUUCAUCGCCAUGAGAGCCAACGUGCAGGGGGUGGCACUGCGCGUGCAGACCCUGAAAUCCCACAGCGCCAUGGCCAGCGCCAUGCGCGGGGUGACACGGGCCAUGGCCACCAUGAACCGCCAGCUGAAGCUGCCGCAGAUCCAGCGCAUCCUGCAGGAGUUCCAGAAGCAGUCGGAGCUCAUGGACAUGAAGGAGGAGCUGAUGAGCGACGCCAUCGACGACGCCCUCGGGGACGAGGACGACGAGGACGAGAGUGACGCCGUGGUGUCGCAGGUCCUGGACGAGCUGGGGCUGAACCUGACGGAGGAGCUGGCCACGCUGCCGGCCCCGGGGGGGUCCCUGGCGGCGGGGGAAGGCCGCGGGGGCGCCGAGGCGGCCGCGGCCGCUUUGGCCGACGCCGACGCCGACCUGGAGGAGCGGCUGAAGAACCUGCGGCGGGACUGAGCCUUCGGCGCUGCUCGGAACUGCUCGGGGCUUCUUCGGGACCGCUCGGGGCUGCUCGGGUCUUCUUCGGAGCUGCUCGGAGCUACUCGGGGCGGCUCGGAGCUGCUCGGGGCGGCUCGGGGCGUCUUCGGGGCAUCUUCGGGGCUGCUCGGGGCUGCUCGGAGCUGCUCGGAGCAGCUCGGGGCUUCUUCGGGGAGGCUCGGGACUGCUCGGGGCUUCUUCGGAGCGGCUCGGGGAGGCUCGGGACUGCUCGGGGCUUCUUCGGAGCGGCUCGGGGAUGCUCGGGACUGCUCGGAGCCGCUCGUGGCCGCUCGGGGCCGCUCGGGACUGCUCGGGGCCGCUCGGAGCCGCUCGGGGCUUCUUUGGGAUUUCUUUGGGGUUUCUUUGGGGUUUUCGGAUUUUUUGGGAUUUUUUUUGGGGAUUUUUCGCCGUCCCAGAGGGGGGAUUUUGCCCCUUUAUUCCGAUUUUCGGGGGGAUUUUCUGGUCCUUGCCCCACUCCUUAAACCCUCCAUAGUCUGAGCCCCUUUAUUUAGGAUUUCCCCCAAUUUUGGGAUGAUUUUGGGGUUUUUUUUUUCUGAUUUUUGGGGGAUUUUUUGGGAUUUUUCACCAUCCCUGAGGGGGAUUUUCCCCCUUUAAUCCCAUUUUUUGGAGUGGUUUUGGGAUUCUGACCCCCCCAAGUGGGAUUUCCCCCUUUUUUUUUGGGGAUUUUCUCUCUUUAUUUAGGAUUU